UGUAUCCGUUGCAAUGUUGCCACGAAUUCUGCGACGACCGCGAAUAAUCCUAUGUUUAGGGUUGCCGUGCGCGAAGGUAGGCUGGGUGGCGAGGGUUUUGUUGCCGUGUCCAAAGGAAGGCCGGUGCGAAGGGUCUCUCUCCGGUGGUUGUAGAUCCGGCGGCUCGGGUGCGAAGGAAGGUUGGGUGCCAAGGGUAUUUCUCUUUCUCUCUCUCUCCUGUGGUUGUAGAUCCGGCGGCUCGGGUGCGAAGGAAGGUUGGGUGGGAAGGGUUCCUUAUGUAGAUGAUCCAAAUACUCCGGAAGAAACGUUUUUGAUUCAAUAUUAAUUCAAUGGAGCCCUCACGGGUUGGCGUAGUUACUCCAAUAGGUUUUGGUGUCAAUUCUCAACGGGUGUAAAAUGCCUCGCAGCGUGCUUGACCUCCUCCAUGCAAAGGGGUUGCUGUGCUCUCUUGUGAUUUACCCUUUCCAAAAAGUGUGGGUGCACCCUGUAGGGGCCCUAAGGUGACGGUUUCACCUUUGCUCCAAUAUUAAUUUAAUGGAAAUUCUCAUCUUGCUUAUCUAUCUUUCUUGAAGAAGUAAAGACUUUCUGAUUCAUUUUGUCCAGCUUAUUGAUACAGACAUGCCUGAACAAUCAUUUUCUAUUCUUCCAAUCGAAUUUUAGUAUUGCUAUGCUAUAUAGAC